AUGGUCUCUGUUAGAUCAGUUAUUGCAGUUGCAGCAGCCAAGGAUUGGCCUUUAUAUCAAAUGGAUGUAAACAAUGUAUACUUACAAGGUAGUUCACAACACAUGAUUGAUGCAACAAAGCAAAUGUUGCAUAACAGGUUCAAAGUGAAGGAUUCUGGAGUGCUCAAGUACUUCUUGGGUAUUGAAGUAAUGAGAUCCAACAAAGGGAUAAUUCUGAAUCAAAGAAAGUACACAUUAGAGUUGAUUUUAGGAGUUGGCAUGAGUGGUGGUAGACCAGCCUCAACACCAAUGGAGAUGAAUACAAAAGCUCAGCCAGCAGACUUGUUCACAAAAGGACUUGGAGUUGCUCAACAUCACUCUCUGUUGUCCAAACUAGGAGUGCUAGAUGUGUUUCGCCCUUCUGCUUGA